AAACAGGCUGAUGAGAUUCAAUCAGAGGGAGGCAGACUGAGGCUACAACUGGACAAGACAUGAUGUUGCUUAGCAGAGUUACUGUAGUGCUGUUGCUCUGUGUGCAGCAUCUGCAUGGCUCUGCUCUUCCUGCCGUGUCCUCCUACGAGUUCACUGCCUACAGGAUGCAACAGUACAACCUGGCACAGCAGAAGCACGGCUGCCGUGGAGCUAUUGUAGUGGCAGAGGCACGAUCAGCAGACGAGCCAUCGCUCACUCGCCGCUGUGUCAUUAUGAAGGUGCAUGACUUCACUACAGAAAAAUACCUAGAGGCCCAGAAACAAAAUGCAGCUGCCAUACUGAUUCUGCUGCCCAAGAACAUCUCCAGCAUCCCUCAUGAAACCAUGCAGACCUUUAUGGUGAGUGAGAGUGAGGCUUUGCAGAGGGAGAUCCUUAUUCCAGUGUACGUAGCACCUGAGGAUGAACAGCUGCUUUACAUGUACGAGGAGGUCAAGCAGGCUGCAGCAACACGGACCUCAUCCAUAUUUGUCAGAGUCCUCCGGAGUAUGGUCACAGCUACAGCUUUUCAGAUCUUAGUGAGCAACAACGCCCCCAUUAAGGCCAUUACUGACAAUGCAAUAGUGACGUUGGAGGGAGUGCUUCCCGGAGCUGGAGAGGAUGCACCCACCAUUGUCCUCACUGCCCACUAUGACUCCUAUGGGCUGGCCCCAUGGUUGUCAUAUGGAGCUGACUCUAAUGGCAGUGGAGUCACCAUCCUGCUGGAGCUAGCACGCCUCUUCCAGAAACUUUAUAGUAGCUCCAGCACCAGACCACAAUAUAAUUUAAUGUUCUCUUUGACCGGUGGAGGAAAAUACAACUUCCUUGGCACAAAGAGAUGGAUUGAAGAGAAUCUAGACCAUGCUGAGUCCAGCCUCCUCCAUGACAAUGUGGCAUUUGUUUUGUGUUUGGAUGCGCUGGCCAAGGGUGAUGAACUGUAUGCACAUGUGUCCCGUCCCCCGAAGCCAGACACUCCUGUGCACUCUUUCAUUCAACUGCUGGAGGAGGUGGUUUCCUCCAGAUUUCCCUGGGUGAAGGUGGGAUUGGUUCACAAGAAAAUCAAUCUGGUAGAGUCCACAGUAGCCUGGGAGCAUGAACGCUACAGCUUACGGAGGAUCCUGGGCUUUACUCUGUCUCAUCUAGAAGAUCCAAAAUCCGAGCUUCGGGGUUCUGUGCUGGACACAAUGUCACACGUGGAUUUUAGGAAACUUAAACGUAAUGGCAUCAUCAUUGCAGAAGCACUGGCGCGGUUUAUGUACAAUCUCUCUGACAAGGGUUCACCAAGAGAUGUGCAGGUCUUCAAGGGUCAGAUGGACUUUCAGGAUAGCCGUAUGUCCAGUUUGAUGUCCUUCUUGACAUCAGUCCCUCGGGCCACCCAGCUACUAGAUAAGGAACCCAGCCAAAUCCUGCUGGUCAACUCUCUGGAACACGAAUUCAAACGUUACCUGCAGCAAGUCUACAGACACACCUUUCGACAGGACAAGAGGGAUCCUGAUAUCACCUUUUAUGAUCAAAUGAACCAGCCGGUAGUGAUGUACAGGGUGAAGCCAGCAGCCUUUGAUCUCUUUCUGGGCGGCUGCAUCGCUGCUUAUUUGGGAAUCGUUUAUUACACAAUCCAGAAUUUCGGGUAUCUGUACACAAAGCUGAAAGUGACAGUGAAAACCAAGCACCAGUAAAAUCUGUAAGCUUACUAUAUGAAUACUCAGGCUAGGACGAGGGCUUUGAAGUCCUCUCUGCACACGUUGGACGUUGCUUCACUGGCUGUGCAGAACAGGAAAGCCACUCAACAUGAAACUUCUCAGACUGAUCAUCAUUCAACAUGAAACUUCUCAGACUGAUCAUAUGCAUAUCCUCUGAAGUGUGCAUUUGCUUUGAAAUGUAUAUGAUUUUAAAUAUGUUUGUACCUUUCAUCUUACACCAAGUCUCUGAACUGUGUGUGAACAGACAUAGAAUUUGUUAUUUGUAAUUAUAAGAAAUAAAGGAAUUUGUCA